AUGGGUCUGUUCAAGAGAAGUUCGCAAUCGUCUGGCGAUAAGAUGAAAGUCAAGCUGACGCACGAGGACGAGAAACGGCUCAAGAUGCGGUCGGCCAACGUGCACGACCCGAUCCUGGACGCGGUCAACGAGGCACAGCCGUUUGAGCAGUCUGCCAACGAGCACCAAAGACAGUCGUCGCUGGGCGACGCCGGAUUACGCGACGUGUUCGGCAAUACCAUUGUGAAUCCAGACAUAUCGAAUCCGUCCAGAUCCAGAGACGAGCGGCCCAUGGACACCAUACGAUCGUUCGAAUACUCCGUGACUGGCGAUCCGACCUAUAAACAGCAGCUAGAGACCCCAAGCCUGGGAUGGAGAGUGAGACAGGACUUCCCGCUCUACACCAGCAACCAGUAUGCGCAGGGCUACGGCGCGGGGCAGCAGCAGUUUGAUGAGUACGGCCAGCCGAUAUACGACGGCAACGCGUACCAGCGGCCUCAGACGUCGUCCACGGAGCAGGGCGUGUACACGGCACCAGCCCCUAAGGAGCCGGAGAAGAAAAAGAGAGGACUCUUUGGCAGGAAGAAAAACUGA